GCCCUCGCAGCCCAAACCUCACCAUCUGUUGGAUGUCCAGAAGGUGUGUUAUGAUCCUGUUCGCAGAAACUGCCAAAAGGGGAAACGGCGGCUUAUCGAUUGAACUGAUAAAGAGGAGCAUUUAAGAGGCCAGAUGUGCGAGGUCAAAACAAACAAAAAAACCCACACAACCGACUAGCACAAGCGAAAGGUCGCGCGCAUCAGGCACCAGUCCUGCACACUGAACAUGCAGCUCGUCGUUGUGUUUAGCUCUUGCUGGAUUGCCGUCGCAUUGGCAGACUCUGGGCCGCAUCUGGCCAAUGACUGGGGAGAACCCGUCCGCCUUAGGCACCUGUACGCGACGAGACCCGGCCUGCACCUCCAGAUCAGCAAAGAUGGGAAAAUCGGCGGAUCUCACGUGCAAAGCUCGCACAGUUUGGUGGAGAUUCGCACCGUGGAAACAGGCUGCGUGGUUAUUAGAGGUGUCGCGAGCUCACAUUAUCUCUGUAUGGAGGCCAACGGCAAGCUUUAUGGUUCGCACAUUUAUAUAAAAGAGGACUGCUCUUUUCAUGAACAAAUUAUGCCAGAUGGCUACAACAUCUACAUCUCGGGGAAACAUGGAACCCUUGUAAGCUUGGGUGGUGGAAAGAACCGACGUCAAAAUGCUCUCUCUCAGUUCCUGCCCCUGCUCAAUACGCUGCCACAGGAGCCUACCGAGUACAAUGUGAGAAAAGUGCAUUCUCCAGUUGACCCAGAACAGGAUCUUCACUUGGGCAUACAAGUAGACAGCAUGGAAUCCUUUGGGAAGAUCUCCCAGAUUGUCAUUCAAAGCCCAAGCUUCAACAAAAGAUGAGUAGAGUUCAAAGUUUCCAAAAGAUGUGACUUAUGCAGAGGCAAGAGGCUGAACGGAACCAGCUCUAUCUGAAAACAGAGCCCAGAUGACCAAAAGAACUUGGAGAAAAAGGAGGAUAAUGUUUCCCAAAGAUCAUUCUUAACCCCAAAUUGUACGGGUGGAUUACACAGAAUACGCUUCAAAAUAUAGAUCACUCCAAAUGGCAAAUGCUGAGGCUCAAAGAAAAGUGUGAGCAGCUUAAUAGGGUUAUUUAUUUCUGAAAUUAAUAUUCACUGUUGUCUCUGUAUCUUGUAGUAAAUACUUUUUUUUAUUGUGCA